GGACUAUUAUUGUGCACGUAUAUACGCGGCCGGAUGGAGCUAGCUCUGUGACUGUGAAUGUUCGUUGUGUCAGUGUCUGACAACUUUUAGAGUGACACACAUGCAUUUUAUAUGGAACGACAGCCCCCUGGACUUUAGUGGAUACUUUCAUAUGAUAGUGUGUACUUGUGACCCAAUUUAGGAUUAUUAAUACCCUUUGGAAACAUCAUCAAGAUGGUUGAUAACGACCCCGAUUUCGAGCCACAAGCUCGACCACGUUCCUGUACAUGGCCGUUGCGUCGGCCGGACUUUUUGGACUCGAAGCCCCAGCAACCGGGUAAUGCCGCCGCCGCCGCCCCGGCGCCUCCGGUAGACCAUCCCCACGCGGCACUCAGUCCCGCCGUUCUUACAGAAGAAACACCGGAUACUAAGCCUGUUUUACCUUUAGAAGGAGGAGAAAAUCGUGAAUUAUCAACUCCAUCAUCACAGAGACGGAAUGGUUCAAGAAGAAAUGCUUGGGGAAACCUGUCAUACGCAGAUUUAAUAACCAAAGCGAUUCAAAGUGCUCCCGAUCAACGCUUGACCCUCUCCCAAAUUUACGACUGGAUGGUAAAAAAUGUCCCAUUUUUCAAGGAUAAAGGAGACAGCAAUAGUUCAGCGGGUUGGAAGAACUCUAUUCGACACAACUUGUCCCUUCACAGCCGAUUUGUCCGGGUGCAGAAUGAAGGUACAGGAAAGAGCUCCUGGUGGAUGAUCAAUCCUGAUGCCAAACCAGGCAAGUCAUCAAGGAGAAGAGCGUCCAGCAUGGACACCACAAACUCCAAGUUUGAGAGGAAGCGAGGGAGAGUCAAGAAGAAGGUCCUGGAGGAGCGCGCAAAGUGGGGAAACACAAGUCCCACACCAAAGUUAGAAGGAGAGGAAGGUGCCAGCCCGUUACCGUUCAACUUGGGAACGACAGAUUUCAGGUCGCGAGCCAGCUCAAAUGCGAGUAGUUGUGGCCGUCUAUCCCCGAUUAUGACCACGCACCCAGAAAUUGACAUGCAUGACAAUGAAGUCCCACCUAUGUCACCGAUUCCCUUCCAAGAUCAGUCAUAUGAUAGUCCAGACCCCUACCAGUCAACAGAUCAGCUAGCAAAACUAGCCAAAGCAAUGACCCUAGAUUCAAGUCUUAGUGUAGAACCCGCGAUCCGCCACUCACACAACAGCAGCGGAUAUUUGUUCUCUCCGCAAAGCUACAGUGGUUCCGAUAUGUCUCCUGUACAUAGUAACAGCCCGUAUUACUCGCAACAGGGCACCCCAGCUGUAAGUCCUCUAGGUCAGUGUUCCCCAAUGCAGGAGCUGCCACCCAGUCAAUAUGGCAUGCGACAGAGCUUCACAAAUUUGAUGCAUGAAAAUAACGAUGCCAUCAUCCCUCAGGACCCCAUGUUCUCGCAGUCCGCCAUCUUGCGCCAGCAGCAGUCGCCGCGGCCCAUGCCGAGCUGUCGCGAGGAGAGCAUGAUCCAGCACACGUCGCCUCACAGGUUGAUGCCUUCCGGGAACCAAGGCAGCAACUUGGCCAUGCUGCUGAACAACGGCCACAACACUCACACCAACAGCCACCACCAUCCGCUACCGUACCCCAAUGGCGGAACCCCUCAACAUGUUCCUCACAUGCCUGGCCACAUUCACCACCACCAUCCCGGGAUGGGACAUGUGGAUAGAUUCCCCAGUGACCUGGAGAGCGUGCAAGUGGACCCUCUCAAGGGUUGGGAUCUCGAUGUGGAAACCAUCCUGCGGAAUGAGCAGGACUUGACAGAAGGACCUGAAGCCAGCUUUGAUAACAUAGGAACGAUGGGAACUACAGCAACGACCAUGGCUGCUCCAAGCUGGGUUCAUUAAACGGUAAGACCAACUUUCUCUUGCUCAUCUUUCAUUGUAUAUCUUUUACUUAAUCACAUACCCUUCAAGUCUGUCUUGAAGAAUAUCUUCCACCUCUUGUUGAAUGUUUUCCACUUAUAAAUCAUUAAAAUUUGAUCUAAUCUUUGAUCAAAUUACUGGACUAAAGAAAUACAUUAUCCUUUCAAUCCAGACUGAAUGUUUCAGUUACCACUACCUGUGGUAGGAGUAGAAGUACUUGUACUCGACAAGAGCUAAUCAUUCUUCUUAAAAUGUCAUCAUAACCACUGUUGCUUUUCCUCAAGCAACACCUUGUCAUCAAGUUCUCUUGAUUUUAAGUACUGUCUAAUCGUCAAAGCGAUGCAGAACCUUUCAAGGUGAAAUAUUCCCCUCAGGAGCUAACACUUCUAGUCAGUGAGGGAUCCUUGUUGAUUUCCAAUAUCCAAUAAAGGAGCGAGUUUCUAACACCUUUG